AGAAAACGAAAUUAUUAUUCUUCUUGGGCCGGGCUGAGCAGGACCCGGCGGUCGAUCUUUGUUAGGCGUGGGUUUUAGCCCCAAAACAAUUUAGGGUUUCUUCGCAUAGCUUCCGCAUACUGCAAUCUCUUUCCCAUUCCCUGCCGGCCGCUGCUGUGAAACUGUCACUCUUUAUCUCUCGCACAGAAAGGCACAAGAAUGGAAAGUGCGGUGGUUACUCCUCAGGAUCCAACCCUGCUUUCCAACGAAGUCAAGCUCUUCAAUCGCUGGACCUUUGAGGACGUUCAGGUUAGCGACAUAUCUUUGAGUGAUUACAUAGGUGUUGUUCCAGCCAAGCAUGCAACCUUUGUCCCACAUACAGCUGGAAGGUACUCGGUCAAGCGUUUUCGUAAGGCUCAGUGCCCAAUUGUGGAGAGGCUUACAAACUCUCUGAUGAUGCAUGGGCGAAAUAAUGGGAAAAAGUUGAUGGCCGUGAGGAUUAUAAAGCAUGCAAUGGAAAUCAUUCACUUGCUGACAGACCUAAAUCCCAUCCAAGUUAUAGUUGAUGCCGUGGUCAACAGUGGGCCAAGGGAAGAUGCUACACGUAUUGGCUCUGCAGGAGUUGUCAGGCGUCAGGCUGUGGAUAUUUCUCCACUGCGACGUGUUAAUCAAGCUAUUUAUCUCAUUACAACUGGAGCGAGGGAAUCUGCUUUUAGGAACAUCAAAACUAUAGCAGAAUGUUUGGCUGAUGAGCUUAUUAAUGCUGCAAAGGGUUCAUCAAACAGUUAUGCCAUCAAGAAGAAGGACGAGAUUGAGAGAGUUGCCAAGGCAAACCGUUAGAAAACUCCUUUACACAAGAGGACGGUUUACAUGUCAUUACUAGAACUUUGUAUCCUCUUUUCUUUUGUUACUCUGGAGCACAUUCAGAAUAUGGAUGUUGUUGUUUGGUGAUUUUUGUGCCGAGUCUUUGUUUUAUUACGAGUUGCAGUUAGUUCUCCGGAUUGUCAUCUAUAAGCUUUUGUUGAAGUUUCUGAACUGUUCCUAUAAAAGAGAAGAAAACAACGGAAAAAGAAAUAUUCGAAUAUAUUUGUUGGAA